AUGAAGUGUGCGGAGUUAUGCGAAGCGCUCGCCGACACUAAGGCCUUCUUGACGGCUCAACCUGCCCAUCCGGUACAGGCUAAGAAGAGGCAGAUGAUGCAGCUGAAGGACUUCAUCAACGAAGAGAUGCCUUUGCCUCCGGGGAGUUCGGCCAAUAUCGACCUCUCUAGAGAAGUGAUGGCAGUAGAGCCUGCCCUCAGGGAAGUGGGAGAUGACUCCAAGAGAAGCCGAACCUUCAAUAUCUGCCUCCAUGAGUGGCUGAAAUUAUCGUCACUGCAUAAGGCGCCGCCGAAUCUGGACUUAACCAUGGAUCAGUUGAAAUGGUGGAUGCAACAUGUUGUCCAAGAAUUCCAUCAUCUACUCGAUGCGGUCGCUCGUCGUGCCUAUCUACAAUCUGUCGAGGAGGCGAAUGCUGUGCUGAUGAACGUGGACUCCAUAGUGACCAAGGGCACUGAUAGCGUUGUAGCUUUGGUGCAGCUCUUGGAUUCGGCAGUCCAUGAAUCUGCG